AUGCCUUUGUUGGCCAAGGACCUGGAGAAUGGCUUCACAGACAUGAUCAACUACUCGGCAAAUGCCGUGAACAAGCGGAUUGCAAACGACGAACAGGUAGACCGCAACGACUUUAUGAAAGGAUUGUUACAGGGAAAGGAGGAGAAAUCAAUCAAGUCUAUGGACGAGAUCGUUACCAACUCCAAUACUAUUUUUGUGGCCGGCAGCGACACCACCGCUACACUUAUGACGGCUUGCACAUAUUACCUUUUGGCGAAUCCACGGGCACAUAAGAGGGCAGUGGAGGAGGUCCGAGGUUAUUUCAGCUCAGCAGCUGAUAUUAACUUCGCCAAAGCCACCGCGCGUCUGCCCUAUUUGCUUGCCGUGCUUAAUGAAGCAUUCAGGCUAUACCCUCCUGUACCAACGAUCCUCGAGAGAGUCGUUCCUAAUCCUGGAGAAUAUAUCGAGGGCAUCUUUGUCCCUGGUGGGACCCGUGUUGGCGUUCACCAGUCCUCAGCAGGGCUAUCGAUCUCAAACUUCACACAACCCGAGAAAUUUAUACCUGAAAGAUGGUUGCCCCAGGUUUUCCAAGACGAGUCGUCUCCGUUCUAUGCUGAUAAGCGAAAUGCCAUUCAGCCAUUCUCAUACGGCCCGCGCAAUUGUAUCGGCAAACACCUCGCCUAUAAUGAGAUGCGCACAAUUAUGGCACGCCUGCUUUGGGAAUUUGACAUGGAACUAGACAAGUCGUCCUACGAAUGGACAAAGCCAUACUCAGAUCAUAAGGCAUGGAUUGUUUGUAACAAGCCGCCCUUAAAUGUACAUAUCAAAAGGCGUUACGAUUAA